AUGGGGAGUAUGAGUGAUAGUGACGAAGAGUAUGGACCUUUGCCUACCACUUGGGGUUCACAAGCACCUACGAGUCCUGCGAAAGAAUCUGGAAAUGACCCCUCUCCGAAAGGAUGGGAUUCACUGUUGGAUCCUGAUUUUAAUGUGGGCCCAAAAGGUCUUGGUAGUGGUAAUUUGCAUAGAAAAGGUCGUAACUUUAUACCAGUCGACGAAGACGUCAUUUUGGCACAACGAUUGAAUAAACCGCUGCCUAAAAAGAGUAAAAAGAAGGGAAAUGAACGAGAAAGCAAUACCUCAGCUAUUACGUCGGAUAAAGCACGCAACAGCAAAAAAUCCUCUUUAAAGACAUCGACAACAACAAGUACUCCUCAAUCGAAACGGAAUGGUCCUUCGAGCAGUAAUAGCUCUUUUCGAAGAUCUUCUGCACGUAAAUCAAAGACAGCCUCUUCUCCAUCCAGCACAAGUCGACCCAUAUCAAAUUUAUCGACAUCAUCCAAAACGACCACUUCGACAAAGAUUAGCCCACCUGAAUUAUCGACGAUAAGGACACCCUUACAGAAUAAUACUAAUAGUACAGGUUGGGCCAAUGCUACGUUAGUUGAAACACCAUUUUGGGCAACGACAAAGACAAAUGGCAAUAAUGCAGAAACAGAUACUGGGCAAAAGGCUACUGCAGAAGAAGAUAAAAUAUCGAAACAGUUGAAUCAACUUACAAUUGACUACAAUGAUGAUAAAGACAAAAAGGAGGAUAACGGUACUUUAUCAGUGAAUACAUAUAAGAAAAAGACAGAUGAAAAGUGGGACAAUAAGUUUCAAGCAGCAGUAGUAGAACAUAAAAGGAAAUCAAUUGAACAGGAAAGAAAGAAGAAUGCGAACGCGAAUGUGGAAAAUGGUUCAGUAGAUGAUGAUGACUGGACAUUUUCAGAUAGGAUGAUUGAUCAUGACUUGAGUGCACAACAGAAGAGUAAGAGAGAUCAUAUGGUGAAUGAAGAUGGGUGGGGAAUAUGGAAUAAGACAAAUAGCGGUAGCAUCAACAAUGGCGGUUGGGGUAUGCCUGGCUGGACUGAUGUACCGAACAGUAAAACUACGGGUACAUCGACGGCCGGAAUGAGUACUGAACCAGCUCCACCAGCAGCAGCUGAUGACUGGACCAUUUACCCUACAACUACAAAUGAUAAUAAUGAUAUACCCUCUGAUGCUUCUCGGCAAAAUUAUAUACCCAAUAAUAAGUCAUCACCAUCAACUACAGAUCUGAACCACACUACCUGGGGCGACAUGGAUAAUAGUUGGCUCAAUAACCACGAGGAUACCGCAAACAUUAAUAACAAUUGUAACGACAGACCACGAUUUUCUGAUCCCACUCGUCAAAAAUACUCUGAAGUUCGCAAGGGGCCUCGUAAUACACCCCUCAACUACCAACGCAGUAUACCCAUCGUUCCCAGUACCACUGCUCCACCUCCACCUCCCGAAAACGCACUUCUCGUCACCAUUAACGUCGAGCUUUCUGAUACGUUGAAAAUCCCUGUCGAAGUUCAUGAACUUGAUGAACCUGCUGAUCUUGCAGUCAACGUUGGUAAAGAGCACAAUAUUCAACAGCCUAAAAUCAUUGCGGCCUUAACCAAGCUUUUCAGUUCUCAAAAAGAAUUGGCACUCAAAAAGAGGAACCGUAAAUUAAAGCGAACUAUCCCUUCUCAAAAGCAAUUACAUCAGAACAAUCCUUUCUUUUAUCAACCUCAUACCGAAAAUACUGCCUAUCAACGCAUGACAUUGUCGACAAAUAACAAGUACUCCUCGUCUGCAUACGCUUCAACGUUUUACGAUUCGAACAGUCUGUCAUUGCCUGCGGCUACACCACCUCUCUCUACUCCUUAUUCUUUUGCAAGGCCUUCUACUACGUCUAACUUUACAAGGAAACAAUAUUAUUAA